UCGCGUUCCAACCUUUGCGCGGACUUACAAACCGUCAAACUAUCAUCCACCCAUUCUCGUUCAUUCGUUCAUUGACGCCAAAUACAUGCCAACAUGUAAAAGUCGAUUGGCAAACAAUCAAUACAGCAGCGAGUCAGUGAGUGAGUGAGUGAGUGUCACCGAGGGGAGGGGGGAGGAAGGAAGCAGCAAGUGCGUAUUCGUGUGUGUAGGUGGGUACAAACGUAUUGCACACAGACAGACAGACAGACAGACGGGGAGGCAGACGGGGAGGCAGGCAGGCAGGCAGGUCACAGAUAGCUGACGGACCUCACGCACGCAGCAAUCGUCACGCCAUGCACCCACCAACCAGCCCCAACCGCCUCGCCCCGCCCACCGAACCAAGCGACCGAUGAACGAGGACCGAUACGAUGCGUUGACAAUCAGAUCCAUGCCAAUGCAGGCGGGCAGUGAGGCGGGCAGGCAAGUACAAGGGAGGGAGCGGAGCAAGCACCGACACACGCAAUGGACCCUUCCUCCCUCCUCCCUGUUCCACCCACCACCAGUGCUCGCAUGCAGGCAGCAACGUCACCUCACCCACCGCCAGCAGAUAGGGCUCAGUCAGGUCUCUUCUCGUUGAUCUGGUCCGCCUUCUUGACGUCAAUGAAACGCUGGAGCUCUGAAGGACAGACAGGACGACCACACACGCGACACACAGGCACCCACAACAGACAGACAGGGACGUGUGGAGUGGAUAGCACCAAGUGACUGGAUUGGGUGUGCGUGUACCUGACUGGAGUCCCUCGGGUCCCUUGAGCAGGACGCCCAUCGGGAUUCGGUGUCCGGGGCUCAGGCCCUUGAGCUUCACCACCACCUCGUUGUGCUCCCUGAUUGUGCAGGUGGAGUGGAGCGGUUGGUUGGUUGGUGCACACGUAUGUGUCUCUUCUUGUCUGUCAGAUGGGCGAGGCGCACCUGAGUGUUUUGAACAUUCUCAUGAGCCGCGACACGGUCUGGACCUUCUUCCUCAAGGCCUCAGCACCUGAAAAUGUGCACACAGGGCAGGGACGAAUGACACAAGCAAGACCCACAGCAUACCACCGUGCAGGAUCAGAUCUAUCAGGUGGGAAUGGGAUGAUGUCUUACGUUCUUUGGACAGUUGCUUCUUGUCUUUUGGUGUUUUGGCGUCCUUGGCGGCCAUGGCGUCCUCAUCCUCCUCGGCCGUGAUGGACGUCGUGCGGCGGACUAUGCGCUGAACCUGACAGAUAUGUGUGGCACAAAGAUUGAUGGAUUGAUCAAGAUAGCCAUGCCACGUGCUGUGUGGUGUCCGUCCGCACCUCAGUGGGCAGAGUGAUGUUGUCGACGUCGUCGUCUUCCUCCUCGAGAUCCUCCAGUGACGGAUUCAGAAUCGCAUACAGCAUCUCCGUCACUGUAGGACACACAUACAUCCACACCACACACGACACACACACAAUGCUCCUUGCUGGCUGAGCCUGUGGGUGCGUGUGUCUGGGAGGGGGAGGGGGGCAGCCCCUACCUUUUUCUGAUACGAAUGGGAUGGACCAUGUGAAGAUGUCCAUGAAGUUGGGCAGGUGGUACGGGUGGGGCGAAAAGUUAAACUGCUGAAUGUUCAACGUGUUGUUCUGACCAAUGACACCAAUGACCAGAGAGAGAGGGAGAGGGAGAGAGAGAACAGAUGGACAGACGCACAGAACGCUGCAUCCCUUCCUUGCCCACUGUCACUGUCUGACGCACGCACCUCGAACUUGAGCACCGCGCCCUUGUUGUUGUAGCAGUCGCAGUAGUUGGGGGCCGAAAAAAUCGUUAUCACCUGCACGCCAUCCCAUCCACACGCGACGCACGACACGCCCGCCGUACACACCAACCACAAUGGGGGACUGACUCCAACUCCAUCUAUGCAUGCGCUCACUCACCGUUGGGAAUCCUGUCUUGGAGUUGGUUUGGUGCAUCUUGUAGCUGAUCGAGCAGAGCAAUGCACACACACACAGGACACAUCACACCGGCGCACACACAUCAUCAGUCACGUGAUGUGUUUGUUGGUUGUCUUGUGCCUCCUCUUACCCCUCCAGCUGCGCCUCGUGUGCCCGUAUGACCGACAGCAGGCCGUUCUUGUCCAGAAAUCCGCUGGCCGCCUCGUACCCAAAAAAAUACGAACAGCCGCGGACAUCAUUCGGGAAGAACGGCUCUGGGCAGGGCAGCAGAACAACGAACAACAAGAGCAACACAUACAUGUCGGUCAGGCCUUGCUGUGUGUCGAUCAUCUCGCGCCUCCACACACAGCUAGCUAGCUAGCUACCUGGGUGUGCGAGGUGCUCCUCCUUCUCCUCAUCGACGGGGUCCGACCAAAGCAAAUCGCUGGUGGAUGGAUGGAUGGAAGGACACACAGACAGACAGACAGACAGAUGAGGCGGACUGUGGGCUCUCUGCUCUGUGAGUGAGUGAGUGAGUGAGUGGGUGCCGACCAGAAGAGUCCGUUUCUUGGUGGCUCCUGAAAGCGGUUGAUGCUGCCGAUCUGAGAGAUCUGAUGAAUGGAGAUGAACGAGGGAGGGAAGGGUACGCACAAAGGGAAUGACAAGAUGUGCUGUUUGUUCCUGUGGAAUGGAUGGGAUGCUGUGUGGCCUACCGUUCUGAGGUCUGGUGAGAGUCCCCCGUGCACAGCAAGGAACUUCCCUGGACAGGACAACCCAACCGAAACGAAAGGAACAUCCAUCUUCGUGUGUCUGUCAGCUCCCUCGCUCCCUCCCUCACUCCCUCACUCACCGUUGAUGAUGGCUGAUAUGGGGAGUGUGUCAAAGGACUCCAUGAAGGCGUAGUACACCGUCAGGUCGUACUUGUACUCGCCUGCCACCACACACACCACACACGACACACGACACACGACACCACACCGCACCAAUCGAUGCAUCGACACGUCAUAAAUCGUGCCUCUCUCCGUGCUGACUCACAUUCGUCCCUGAAGUUGAAGAAUGCCGUCAUUUGUCGGCACUCGUGGUUGCCUCGCAGCAGCCAGAUCUUGUUCGGGAAGUUCAACUGACAUACACCCAUUCACAUACACAAACACGCACAAGAUGACUGCUGUCCGUUCCGUGCCAGCCAGCCCAGGCUAGGUCGGUCGGUACCUUGAGUGCGAAGAGCACGAGCAGACAUUCGAUCGAGAAGGAGCCGCGGUCCACAUAGUCACCCAGGAAGAUAUACCUGAUGGAUAACACACACGCACAGACCACAGACCACAGACACACGCCAUGUGUGAGUGUGAGUGUGAGUGUGAGUGUGGAUGGGUAUCUAUCGUGUGUCAGUCUUGUCAGCUACUCACUGUGUUGAGUCGGGGUCCCCUCCCACGUCGAGCAGCUUGACAAAGUCGAAAAACUGGCCGUGAAUAUCGCCAACAACUGCAGACCACACGGAGGAAGAAGGCAAGAUAACAUCGACCGACCGACCCAUGGAUGGAUGUGAUGCCGUCCGUGGUUGUGUGUGUUGGUGUCCUUUUCUCUCUUAGCCCUACCUACCUGUGAUUGGGUCCUUCAGCCGGACCAUGUUGGGCUCACUGCCAGUCGUGUCUGACCGACCACAGCACAGCCACAGCCACAGCCACAAAAUCUUGCACAGACAGACAUGCUGUUCUCUUUCUGCCUCCCUCACACACACGUACCUGAGACUUUCUUGAUGAUGUCCAGGCAAUGCUCCUUGAGUAGCCUGCCCUCCCGGAACAGGUGCUGCUUGAGCGCCCGCCAGUUGGGGAUGCCAUCACCCUUCGGAAACAACAGCUCAUCCGUCAACGGCUGCAUCGACCGACCGACCAACAAACCAUACACACAACCACAACCACACAACCACACCAGCGAGAGCAGUUCAUGUCUGUCUGCACAUCCUCUUCCAUCGGAUGCGAUGGAUUCCGCACCUUGGCUGGUGGUGGUUCGAUGUCCUUGACGACUCUGUCCUUCUUGGGGUCCGACAGGGGGUCCAUCGGUCAACACAGGGGGCGGGCGGGCAAUGGGUUGGGACGGACGGACGGGAGGGAGGGAAGGAAGAGGGACCGACGGACGACUCAAUGAACCGAUCAACCACAAACAGCCAGAUUCACGCACACCACCGGGGCCGAAUCAAACAAGCCGCCUCAGUAGAGCCAACCGCCUCGCCGACAGCAGAUAGCGACUCUUUCGUCGCCUUUUACGAUCGCAGCUGAGGCCUGUUCUGACGCAGCCGAUGCUCUGUGCUCAGCUGGAGGGUACAGAGAGGACCCAUGGGUGACACAUGUAUCUCUGCGGGACGGAGGGAGGGCAGGGGCGGGGGGCGAGAGCUGCGGACGCGGCAAUGGUGGAUGCGGUUGUGUGUCGACAACACACGCUGCAGGGAGCCUUGGGAGAGGAGAAAGACGCG